CAAACCAAAGUCAAAAUCGAAAGCGGAAAGUUAAUGCGAGUUCGUGUUCUUAUUUUGCGGUCAUUUCUUCCUGAACUUCCAAAAUAGUUCAAGAAGAUACAGUAGGAAUACAAAUCUAUUCUGUUGCAAAGUCUCAAAGCGUUUACAGCUAUUGACAGCAAGAAAUUCAAAACAUCAUUUGAGUAUUUUGCCGAAGUGCAAUUACCCGCGAAAGCUGAACAAGAUGGGAAAGACGUUUCAAGCUUAUUUACCCGCCUGUUACCGAACAUACAGUUGUAUUCAUUGCAGAGCCCAUUUGGCGAACCACGACGAACUUAUUUCAAAGGUUGGGACUAUUUCUUAACCGUUUCGUUGCUUUUACAAUUACAUGAAUAAUGGCAAAUAAUUUAUCAAGAUGAACUCUCAGGGCCUCAUGUAAACAGGACAACGUAUAAACGAAAUGCUUUGUUUUUCUUUUAAAAUAUAGUCGUUCCAAGGUAGCCAAGGAAGAGCUUAUCUUUUCAACAAAGUGUAAGUACAAGCUAUUAUCUGUGUUUUAAAUCUCAAAGUAAUUUGUUCACUAAAAAGGGUCUAAUUUUCGUUUGCAGUGUGAAUAUCGGAUGCGGCCCAGCUGAAGAGCGAGUGCUACUGACAGGACUUCAUGCAGUCGCCGAUAUUUUUUGCGAGAAUUGUAAAACCACGCUGGGCUGGAAAUAUGUAAGUUUUUAAUAUUAAAACUGCUUGUAAUUCAUCGUAUUUUUAACUAAAAUUUAGCUCUAUAUCAUGCGUGCUGCGACCCAUGUUUUGGAACAGAGAAUAAUAAUAUGCAAUUCGAUUGGGGAAACCAUCUGCCGGUUCCAUCAACAAAUAUGCAAAUGAAUCGCAAAUUUAUAAAUUCUGUAUUUUAUUAUUUAGCAAAAACCUAAGCUCUUUUACUCAUUUUUAUGUGUUGUUUUAUCCUUUCUGACAGGAACACGCAUUUGAAAACAGCCAAAAGUACAAGGAAGGCAAAUUUAUAAUCGAAAUGGCACACAUGAUCAAAGACAAUGGUUGGCUAUAGCCCAACAACGCGAAUUUGGAUUACACCGACCCGACGAAUACUAAAAAGGUUGCGAUACUGUGCGUUUCCUGCGUGUAUUUCCGAACAUUGUAUUGCGCGAUUUCACAUCAUGUCAAUUUAUAGCUUAUGAUUUUUUGUGUCUGGUGUUUUGAAUUCCACUGAGAAUCUUGGGGAUUUCAUUGUUUGUACAUAAAAGAAAAGGUGUUUUAUGACUUCUGUUAUUUAUCAAGUCGACUUUCACUUGUAUAUAUUCGAAAGAUAGACAGAUAGUGUGUAGAUCCGGAGUGUAUAUUGUAAUAUAUUACCAUGUAGAUUAUGUUAUCACUGUAUAUAUAAUGAAUGUAGCAAUAUUGAAAUGUAAAUAUUGUAUAGUGUGCAGUAUUUGUCAGUGACUCAGUGGGGCCCCCUCCUGCUCUUGAAAGAGACAAAAAAGGCUAAAAAGCGUGGUUCCAUAAUACGCCUACAUAAAGCUGUUAGACAAAUACUAUAUAUCUGGAAAAUAAUAUAUUGUAUAUACUAUAUAUAUAAAGCCUAAGUUAAGAUUAUUAUUUCAUAGAAGAACAGGCGAAACACACUCGAGUCUAGGAGUGUGUUUCGCCUUUAUUUUAUUGGCGCCUAGCUUUUGUUAAUUCAUUCAAAUUCCCAUCUGGAAAAAGUGUUUUGGCAUCUACGUAUUCCAAUAUGCACCCCUUUCCUAAUACGAGGGUCCUUUUUUCAUUGACAAGUACUAUAGUAUAGUAUAGUAUAAUAUUAAUUAUUUGCACAUGUUUUGUGCAGAGUGAGUGUGAAUGCUCGUAACUCGUAAGUUGAAAACGAAAUAAAAAUCAUCAAAAUGAGAACUUGUUGUCAUGACUACUUUUUACUGU